UCUAAGUCGCAAACAACCAAAUCCAGUAUUACAUUACAAUUAAAGUAAAUUGUUCUCAAAAUGGAAACUGCCACACUUUCAAAAGUACCCAAACUGUUCCUGUUGCUUUGUGGCCUAUGGCCUUUCAAAAUUACAAAUAACAUUUUAUUCACGAAAAUGUAUAACUUUUACACUAAAUAUCAGUUGAUUUCUUAUGUGAGUGUAAUACUGAAUCUUCUGCUAAACCUGGUUUAUACCCUGGUAAAACGCAACCAACCUGAGAGAAUAAUUAGCUCUUUGAACAUGUUCAUAAUUGUGUUUGAAAUAUGUCUCAAGGUAGUAAUUUUUCAGCUCCAGAAAGUUCCACUGAUGUUUUCUGAGAUUUCAAAGUACGAAGCAGCAAUGAGAGCCUCUAACGAUGCUCAAGUGAGGAAAUACUACGAACAAGAAGUACAGUACUGCCGAAGGGUCAACAUAUUUCAGUUCCUAGUCACAUUUUUCGCAUGUAGCGGUUUCGCACAUAUUUCAAUAAUGAAAGUAGUAGCUUCUGAAGACAUGUCUGAAUUUAAGGAUACUCCAUUCAUGCACGAUCUUUGGUAUCCUUUYAAGAGAGAAAAACACAUGCCAUGGGUCAUGACUGUUGCAAUAUUAUGCGAUACCCAGGGUCUGUUUUGCAACGCAGCAAGUCAAAGUACACUUAUUUGUUUGAUGAUUUACGCCAGAACAAGGCUGAUAAUUUUACAAAUUCGCCUAAAGAAGUUUGAUAAGAUUGCUCAAGAACAAUAUCACGGUAAUGCAGAACGUGCAAUCAAGGAACUGAUAAAUGAACAUCAAGAUUUAAUYAAAUUCGUCCAGUUGUUAAAUGAUCGCACAAAAUAUGUUUUGCUGCUGGAAUUCAUUCUAAAUUCGUUGUGCGUUGCUUCUGGAACACUUCAGUUUCUCAUAAUCGACACCCCUGCAGGUCGGUUAUCUACCUUUUGUCUCAACUUUUAUAUUGUGGUCCAGAUUUUCAUCCUUUCUUGGCAUGCUAAUGAAAUAACGGAACAGGGUUUAGGAGUGGCAGCGUCCAUUGCUGCUAGUAACUGGCAUAAACAAAGUAAGGAAGUUAAGACUCUAUUAAUUGUUAUGAUGAUGAGAGCACAGAUACCAUUCGGACUUACUGUUGGGCCAUUUUUUCGCAUGGCCAACUCAACAGCGCUUCAGACUAUGAAGGUGGCUUACUCAUACAUGUCCAUCAUGAGACAGAAUAUUGGCAAAUAAAUUCAACAACGACCUGAAAAUGUUGCGUAACAGCCUGCUAAUCUCCACUAUGACACUUGUGCUUUAUUCUAUGUAAUGCAUUGACCAAUAAAUGAUAAUAUGAAAAUGAA